GGAACCAGGAAACCAUCCUCCCCCCAUGGAAGUGUUCAUAAGAAUCAGGAUGCAAAGUCUGGUGCCCCUCUGACAUCUGAAGCAUCUAAAUCUUUCUCUGUCUCAUCCCCCAGUUUAAUCUCUGGUUCCCCCUCAGGGGGGAGAGUGACAAUCCAAGAAAGUCAAAGCAAUGCCAAGUUAACACCAGGAACACCCCUGGUCCACCCUGCGGUGCCGCCAUCACUCCCUACAAAAAUUGUUCAAGGUCCGGGCCCUCAUGAGAUACAGAUUCAGAUCCAGCUUUCCAAAAAUGCCAACCAUCAGCCGGUGGCUCACAUUCAGCAGAGUGGUGCAGGGGGCACAUCGGCAACUACAACGGGGCUGCCUAAAAGUUCCAGUGAGUCAUCCAGUAUCAUAAGCUCAAUGCUGCAGGCACCACGUCAGCUCAGCCCCAUGAUUGGUCAGCCUGGGGUUCAGUUCCCAGCACUUUCAAAGGCCGGGUCGCCUCUGCUAACAUCUAGGUCAUUUUCAGGUUUCACCACCGGGACCAGA